GAGGGAGGGGAGAGAGGGAAAGGGAGGGGGGAGAUAGCAGAGGAGAUAGGAGAAGGCGCACGGCGGCGGAUCCAGGCUCCCCAAAUGGCUGGACGCUGACUCCAUCUCCCCGCGGCCCGAGGAAGACGCCGAGGGAGAAGAUGCUGCCUGCUCCUCCUCCGUUGCCGCCCGAGGCGCCGGGCGCGCUGUCUUGCCUGGAGGCCGGGCUGGGCGCUGCGCUGGCCCUGGCCCUGCUGCUGGCCCUGGCCCGUCCCCUGUGGGCCCUGCGAUGGAGCCUCAGCCGGGACCGCGCCUGCGCCCUGCCCCUGCCCCAAGGCUCCAUGGGCUGGCCCUUCUUCGGCGAGACCCUCCACUGGCUGGUCCAGGGCUCGGCCUUCCACAGCUCCCGACGGCAGAGGUAUGGCUCAGUGUUCAAGACACACCUGCUGGGGAAGCCAGUCAUCCGGGUCAGUGGUGCGGAGAAUGUGCGCAAGAUCCUGCUAGGAGAACACAACCUGGUCAGCGCUCAGUGGCCACUCAGCACCCGCAUCCUGCUGGGCUCCCACACCCUCCUCAGUGCCCGUGCAGAGGCCCACCGGCAACGCAGGAAGAUCCUGUCCAGGGUCUUCAGCCGUGCUGCCUUGGAGACCUACCUGCCGGCCAUCCAGAAGGUGGUGAGCCAGGAGCUACGUGGCUGGUGCCGGGAAAGGGGUCCGGUGGUGGUCUACUCCUCAGCCAAGGCAAUGACCUUCCGGAUUGCAGCCCGGAUCUUGAUGGGCCUCCGUCUGGAUGAGAAGCAGUUCAAGGAGCUCUCCAGCACCUUUGAGCAGCUGGUGGAGAACCUCUUCUCUUUGCCCCUCAAUGUCCCCUUCAGCGGUCUACGUAAGGGAAUAAAGGCCCGGGACCUUUUGCAUAACUACAUGGAGAAAGCCAUUCUGGAGAAACUGCAGCGAAAAGAUCCUGAGGCCCACAGCGAUGCCCUUGAUUUCAUCAUCCACGGAGCCAAGGAGAAUGGGAAGGAAUGUACUAUGCAGGAGCUGAAGGAAUCUGCAAUUGAACUGAUAUUUGCUGCGUUUUUCACCACUGCCAGUGCAAGCACUUCCAUGAUUCUUCUCCUGCUGCAACACCCUUUGGUUGUGGAAAAGAUCCAGCAGGAGCUGGUGUUCCAUGACCUCACCAAGCAAUGUCAUUGCUUCACAGCCGAGGAGUCUCUGGCAAAGUCCCAGUCUGGCCAAGAGAGCCUCCGUGACCAUGGGAAAGAAAACAAAGACUGGGACUCCAAGCUUCCCCUUCCUCUCAGACUGGAAGGAGAAGAAGGCAAAAAGACAGAAGGGGAAGAUCACUCCUAUUCUGCUGCUACAGUACCUCAGGAAACCAUGCAUGGGACUACAAAUUGUCUUCAUUCAAGGUCCAGGCAAGAAGAAGCCAGUCAGCGCUUUGACAACCUGGAAGGGCCUGAGUGCUAUUGCCAACCCUCCUUAACCUUGGAGAAGUUGAGUCGCCUGCGCUACCUGGACUGUGUCAUCAAGGAAGUUCUGCGCUUGCUGCCCCCAGUGUCUGGAGGCUAUAGAACAGCCUUAAAAACCUUUGAGCUGGAUGGCUAUCAGAUCCCCAAGGGUUGGAGCGUGAUGUACAGUAUCCGAGAUACACAUGAGACUGCCAACAUUUACCAGAGUCCCCCAGAUGCCUUUGAUCCAGAAAGAUUUGGGGUGUCGCAAGAGGAGCGUGAGGAGCAUAAAGGAGCCAGUGCCCUCCGCUUUCACUACAUUCCCUUUGGUGGCGGAGUCCGACACUGCAUUGGCAAAGAAUUGGCCCAGGCUAUCCUCAAAAUGCUUGCUAUUGAACUGGUCAGCACCACUCGCUGGGAAUUGGCCACAGCUCAUUACCCUAAGAUGCAAACGGUGCCGAUCGUACACCCUGUGGAUGGCCUGCAGCUAUAUUUUCAUUCUGUGAAACCGGGAAGAGAAAGCAAGACAAACACUUGAGAAGCACCAAUAUCUCCAUCACAACUUCUAGCUUAGGAUCAUAAUAGAUCUGGGGCAAAAUCCCAAUUCCUUUCCAGCUGUAGCUUUUCCGCCUGCACAAAACCCUUUCUUCCUAAUAAUUGGUUCAGGAAAUAUGCAAGUGGAGAAAGGGAGUGACAUCUCUAUCCUUGAUCCUUAAUCCUCUGUCAGUCUGUUAGCAUCCAUUUUUGUUCAGAAAUAUACAUCCACAGUAAUAACAUCCUCUCUGGUUCGUAGUUGCACUUUCUUGUGGAUGUAUGUGGCUGUGUACGUGAUGUUACUGGUUAGGAGAAGAGAUGUUACAAAGGUGGAUGUCUCAGAAGGAACAAUGGCAAGAGGAAGAAACUCAGUAUCUAUAGGUCAAAUGCAGGUAGAGCAGGAAUUUUGCCAAUAUGCAGUUUUUUGAGAGUGUUCUGUGAGUUGAAGAUAUAACUGAUGAAAAUCCUCAGAGGUUCUCACAGCUACGAACAAGACUAUUCCUGCAUCAGAAGGUGAAAGUCAUUGGAAGGAGCAUUGAUAGACCAGUUGCUGACUGAAUGGAUGAUCUAAAAGUACAAGAAAGGCAUAGGAGCUGCAAGAGAAGAGAAUUAUGCCCAUUUUUGGGUGAGGAAAACCGAAGAGGAGCAUGGCUUGCAGAUCAGAAAUGGAUAUGGACUCAAGAGUUUACUUUGGCUUAAAGAUAGUCGGACAUCUAAGCCUAGACAUGUCUGUAAACACUGAACUCACCAAGAAGACAGGUUCUCUCAUAUUCAAUAACUACCUAAUUUUUCUGUGUGUUCGAAGUCACCUUUGAAAAUUAUCAUCUACACAACAUUGUGUAAAGAGAUUCAAGUCUUCUGGGUUGAGUUAGAAUGUGGGAGGCUGGCUUCAGAAAAGUCGGGCAAUUUGUUUAUCAUAUUCAGUGCUGUAACCAGCAAGAGCUCUCUUGAGUUCAGACUCAAAACUGUCCCAACUCAGUUUGGAGAUACUGAAGACUCAGACUGCAGCUUUCGACAUGCAAAGCAAGAGCUCUGCAACUUAACUGGCUUUAGUUGUACACAUCAGACCAUUUAAACAAGCUACGAACGUGGGAUUCUGACUGUUAAGAAGAAGUGUUUUCCACCUCAGCUGAACAUUAAAAUACCUCACUUACCUUCUGUUUCUACUCUUCAAAAUGGUCACAAGAUGUGACAACUUCCUAUCAUUUUGGAGACAAACUUGAGGCAAAUGUAGGUAUUCACAGGGCACAGUUUUGGGUGAAAAAGGCUGAUUAAAAACAAUUGGGGGAAGUUGUGGGGUCUGGCAACUUUCCUCUCUCCUGCACUUGAAGAUAUGAAGUGGGGGCUUUAUUUUGGCUAUUUUAAAAUGUAUUUUUUUUCAGUGGUGGAAAACAUUGGGGAGAUGAAAAACUCCCAGGUCUAGUAGAUCUCUACUAGUUGCGCACCCCUGCUCCACAUAUCUACUCAAGAUUCUCUUCAAAAGCUCACACCAAAUUGCCCAUUGAGUAAGACACCAACCCGGUGGCCUUAUAUGUUUUGAACGUCAAUUCCCAGUGUCAGCAAGGGUGAAUGGAAGUUGAAUGGAGGGCAUCCAAUUGGUAAAGCUAUAUUAAGUCCACCAUACUGAUGAAGUUCCAUCUAUAUAAUAUCUGAAAGAUCAGCACAUGGAUUGAAGAUCCUUGCCAGUAAUUAGGACUACAGUAAAUUCAUAAAUAUUAAUGAAACCAAUUUUCAGUGCUGGUAUUCUAUAAAAGUAUCUUAUUUAAAGACUGGAUGAUCUUCUCCUAUAUUGUCACAAUUCCCUCGCCAUAGGCUAUGUUGAGUGUGGCUGAUGGGACUUGUAGGACAAAACAUCUAGAGCAGUGUUUCUCAAACUCUAUUCCUCUGGGCAUUUUGGACUUCAGUUCCUAGAAAUCCCAGCCAGAUUACCAGCUGUUAGGAAUUGCUUGGAGUUGAAGUCCUAAACACCUAGAGGAGCAGAGUUUGAGAAACACUGAUCUAGGGGGUCCAAGGUUUCUGAAUGUUCCUGUAGUAACUGCUGGAGCAUGAACGUUGUUGCAGGCUGGUGCUGAGGCUUGGGUUUUAAUGAAGGAAGGAUCAAGUUAUUGCAAAAGUGGAGCAGUGAAUGUAGAUAAUCUCUCUUUAAUCUAGAUCAUAUGGACUACUCCCUUAGAAACACCCAAGUAUGCUUUAGUGGCCAAAACUAAACAGCUUUCCUUUCUGGCAUGACUUACAACUUUGUAGUAGGAAACAAUGGCUCUGACAGCAAGCUGCAAAUUAAAGCUGCUAGUAGUUUUUGCCUUCUCUGGAUGUCCAAUGAAUGGGCAUAUAGGAUUAUCUGAGGGCAAGAAAAUCUGGUUAUGUGUUUAGCAACUCAGGAAAGUGGUAUUUUUAAGAAGAGCAAUGCAAGGGGUAAUGCUACUGUUGUCUGCUCGGUUAGUGUGGAUGGGCAUCAUCUCAGAGAUAGUUUUGACUUUUGUGUAAAUCUUUCUGAGAUGGUGAAUCCAUUCCUGGGCUGUAUCAUUUAGCCUUUCCUAGUCGGAUACCCUCAAAAUGUUUUGGUCAGUUCCUAUUAUCCUCAAGCAAGAGAGCCAGUAACUACUCUGGCUACACAUUGUAGGGUUGUAGGCCAAUGUAUACAGAGGGCAUAAGUUUGAGGAAAGUUUCCUUAGACUGCAGUACUUUAAAGGUAUCCUUGAAAUUGUGGUCCUUUUUUAGGAUUAUCCACUUAAUCCCAUCAUCGCUAGCCUAGAUCCAUCUGAUAUUGUGUAGUGGUGUUGUAUGUUUUAAAUGUAUUGUGAUGACCACCAUGCUGCUAUGGUCAAUGAUGUAGUAAUAUAUGUUCAACAAAAUGCUGCUGUAGAGACCUAAGCUCUGAAUGAUAUUCUGUACAAGAUUUCAGUGAGUACAAGAACUUCCAGGAAUAAAUGUUGACAGAUAGCAGCCCUGUCUUGUCUUUAUAUUUGAUUAAUGUCUGCCAGAUGUAUUAAAUCAGUGGUUCUCAA